AUAGCAUAUUUCGCCUCGGCAGAGAGUGGUUAAUUCUGUGUGCGGGCUCGGCUCGGACCUCACGGGCCGGAAGCCGAACGCAGCGGGCUCAGCACCGCCCAGGCUCUGCGCACCCGCAUGGUCCGCAACGUUCCUCACUUGCAUCCGGUCCAGCGGCCACGCGGUUGCACAUGCGCACACUCCCCGUCACGUCCCCUAUGGGAAGUCGGCCUACCAUACGGAGAGGAGCUGAGCUGAGCUGCCUCGGCGAUGAGGUCAUUCCUGGAAGUGAGGCGUGUGUGGCCCCGCCCCUCGAUGUUCCUCCCCCAAUGAGACAAGAGCUGGAUCUCGGCUGUCUACGUUUCAGUCAUAAGGGUUGCGGCGCGGACGCUGGUGGCCUUGGCGCACGCGCACACGCGCCCAGGGCGGCGGUUGGCGACUGCGGGCGCACGCGACCGGGGGACAGGGCGGGCGGGCGCGGAGAUGGGUGAGGCGGACGCUGGGACGCCUUCUUUCGAGAUGACUUGGAGCAGCACGACAAGCAGCGGCUACUGCAGCCAGGAGGACUCCGACUCGGAGCUCGAGCAGUACUUCACAGCGCGCACCUCGCUGGCGCGCAGGCCGCGACGAGAUCAGGAUGAGCCCGUGGAGUGGGAGACACCGGACCUUUCUCAGGCUGAGGUUGAGCAGAAGAUCAAGGAGUACAACAGCCAGAUCAAUAGCAACCUCUUUAUGAGCUUGAACAAGGACGGCUCCUACACAGGCUUCAUCAAGGUUCAGCUGAAGCUGGUGCGCCCUGUCUCAGUGCCCUCCAGCAAGAAGCCACCCUCCCUGCAGGAUGCCCGGCGGAGCCCAGUGCGGGGCACUGCUGUGAGGCGCCGCACCUCCUUCUACCUGCCUAAGGAUGCUGUCAAGCACCUGCACGUGCUGUCGCGCACACAAGCACGUGAGGUCAUUGAGGCCCUGCUGCGCAAGUUCUUGGUGGUGGACGACCCCCGCAAGUUUGCACUCUUUGAGCGGGCUGAGCGCCACGGCCAAGUGUACCUGCGGAAGCUGUCAGAUGAUGAGCAGCCCCUGCGACUGCGGCUCCUCGCAGGGCCCAGUGAGAAGGCCCUGAGCUUUGUCCUAAAGGAGAACGACUCUGGAGAGGUGAAUUGGGAUGCCUUCAGCAUGCCUGAACUGCACAACUUCCUGCGCAUCCUGCAGCGAGAGGAGGAGGAGCACCUUCGCCAGAUCCUGCAGAAGUAUUCCUGUUGCCGCCAGAAGAUCCAGGAGGCUCUGCAUGCCUGCCCCCUGGGGUGACCUUGUCAACCCCGAAGAGUGGAAGGAGGAGAGUAGGCAGCACCAAGGGCAUGCCGUGUGAAUGUGACAUGGCCUGUGGGGCCUGAGGAGUGAGUGUGCAUGGCGGUUCUUCCCUGUUGGGGGUACGAGCCGAGAACAGCUAAGGAGCUGACCCUCUGUGUCCACCAGUGGGUGCAGCAGAGCAUGGCUCUGCACCCCUUUGCCCUUCAUGUACUGGGUCAUGGUGGGCCAGGGCUUCCCUCGAAAGCUGCUACAGGCUUGCAGCAGGAGUGGAGUAGACAGAAGUCUCCCUAAUUCAUGGCUCUGAUGUGAGAAUCAUGGAAACCCUACAAGCCGAACAAGGGCAUGUUUGUAGGGGUGAGAGCCCUCAUCUAUGGGGAAAGGUUGUACAUUUUGGGCUCAGAUGGGUUCUUAGGACAUCCUAUAGAGCCAAGGGUGGGUGCUUAGGAUAAGGCAGGCAUCGAGGGAGAAUAGAUUCCCUCUAGAGUGCCCUCUGACCCCUCAUACACCCUGGGGUCAGUGAACACUAUCUCACAGUGCAGCAACAGUGCCUCAGUUCCUCCUCUGAGGAGGGUGUCCCCGGGCCAGGGUCCAUGCAAGUGUGGGCACUGCCCAGGUCUGUGCCUUGUUUGCCAACUAAAGUCAGGGUCUCUCCGGUAUUUUUGAUGAUGUGUGUGAAUGUGUAUAUUGUUUCGUGGCCUUAACUGAAUGCCUCCUGUAGGGAAAGGGGUGGGGGUGUCAGUCAUCACGGCCUGGGGCCUGAGAGAAUUGAGUGAAUAAAGAUUUGAGAAUACUGCUGCUUUUGGAC